GUAAACUCAGUUUCUUCGUUUCUGUUUUAGUUUUCAAAUCAAUUUAUCCGGCCCAAUCUACAAACUCCACGCAUCCCUCUCACCUUUUCUCUCAUCCGCCGGUAGUCUCGGACACAGAUUUCUUUGCUCUUCUCUACUUUCACUGCUCGGAUUCCUUCUCUUCUCGUCCUCACCGCACGCACCUGCCACCAGCAGGGCACACAUACACAGGUGUUUCCUCACGUUCUAUUCUCUCUGCCAUCUUCUACCUGUGAUCUUCCUCCACAAGAAUAAUCGCCACAAGAAGAAGGCAAACGUCCUCCGGGAAAUCUCAAACCGCCAGAAACCGAGGGAAUAUAUUGGAAAUCUUAACCGCCAGAAUUCAGAUUGAAGUGAUUUGUUAGAGAUAUUUGUUCUUUAAAACAAUGACGAAGAAAAGGAGAAAAAGCUGCUCAAGCAGAUUUUGAAAUUCAUUGAAUUGACAGGAUUGGGAGAUAAAAUGGUGAUGUAGAACAUUUAAUGCAAAGUAACUUGAUCAAUAAGAUGCAUCAACACCAUUUGAUUUAACCUGGGACCUUUUUUCCUUGUAAACAUGUAAGAUUCCAUGAUCGCAUGAUAUGUUGCCCGUUGAUCAUCAUUUAGAUUGCGCAACCAAUAGAUUUCAUGAUUGCAUGAUCCUUGCAUAUAGUUCGGUAGAUAUUGUGCCAGUGGAGAUAGGGCAAUUGACAGGGCUUCAGCAUCUUAGCCUGUCUAACAACAGUUUAAAUGGUAGCAUCUCUUAUCAAGUUAGCCAUCUUCAAAAGGAAUGUUACUUGGACCUUGGAUGGAAUUACUUUACAGAUCUUGAUUAGUGCAAGUUUUCAGACAUGCCUUUGAUGAUUCAUCUUGUAUUUUCUACUGAUGCAUUGAUAUUAGUUUCCCCUCCUUUAAUCAAGUUGGCCCUCUUUGAAAGGAAUAUUACUUAGGCCUUGGAUGGAAUUACUUAAUAGAUCCUGAUUGGUCCA